GGACAACCAGGCGUCCAGUUUGAACCAGGGCCACCAUUUUCCCAGAAUUCCAGGCGCUAGAUGGCAAGCCUUUUUUUCAAAUCAUGAAUCUUGUUGUGUUUGGAUCUCCUGCAGCUCAUCGCAAGGCUCUUGACACGAUACGGGUCGAUGAUCGCGUUGUUCGAGUGAAGCGCUGUGAGAAUUUAAUCGACAGAAUCAAUUGUGAAUGGAAUGGAUUGUAUGACUCUCUACUGUGAUGCUUGCUGUCAAUAUCAGCUUUCUCGCGGUCCCAUUCGUUCAGGCUCAAACCUCUGCAAUUCUUGUAUCUUACCUCUGUGCCACGGGCUCGUUGGUGGUCACACUAGUCUUUGCUAGACAAGUCAAUGACAACCAGCGAUACCCACAUAGAUGUUCGACCCCGCUCAUCAUGCUAGUACGUUCUAGUGAGCGCCUUGAGUGCCUUUUCCUGAUGCUCAGUCUACCGUUUGCAUUCUCGAUUUGGGGAAUGAUACUCCUUGCUACAACAUUGUCUAUUGUGAUCUUCCGCACUUCCGACAUCGCUACCGUACCGAUUGCAAUUCCGAUUUGGGCCGCUAUAAUUAUCCUGGCGACAUGGCCCGCGUCCGCUGACCACAUCAGAUGCCUUCUGCGCAAGAUCAAGGUCCAGAUCCUGAUUCAAUCACAUUUCUACCAUACUAGAUCAUCGGGGCUAGUGUGACUACUAGAACCAGUUCUUAUGCCUGAUCUGAUGCUAGGGAUUUCGGUGGCGUGUGCUAUUAGUAGCUCAAUUUCUUGAAUGAAAAGGUACUAUCUCAUUGUACGCAGGUUGUAGCAUAAUUAUA